UUGGCCGGCGUCCCGAUGCCGGAGUCGGGCAGCGUCAGUGGGCGGCAGCCCAGGGCCACAGGUCAGACAGGCCUCGGGAACUCGGGCAACAGUUGCUAUCUGAACUGCGCCCUGCAGUGCCUGAAGCACAGCGAGCCGCUGGCUGAGUACUUCCUCAGCGGGGCCUACAGUCGCCAUCUGAACCGAGGCCGAGGGGAGAUCUCCAAUGCCUUCUCGGCUUUGUUGAUGGACAUGUGGCUGGGGGACUACAUGUAUGUCUUCCCGGACGAGGUGAAGAGAGUUCUUGGGAAAGCGCACCCGUCAUUCUCCGAUGGGAGCCAGCAGGACGCACAGGAACUUCUGCUGUUUUUCCUCAAUGUUCUGCAUGCUGAUCUGAAGAAGUCCACAGGCGUGAGGAAUGUGGAAACAUCAAUUGUUACGAGACUUUUCCAGGGGCAACUGAGCUACAUCAAGCUCUGCCUGAAUUGUUACCACAACUCCAGUCAAACAGAGAGCUUCCUGAGCCUCUCUCUGCCGAUGCCUCCAGACAGAAUAUGUUCCAUUCAGGAUUGCUUCAGGCUGUUUUUUAAAGAAGAGGUUCUGAGCUCGAGAGACCGGCCUUACUGCUCCUUCUGCAGCCAGAAGCAGGACCAGAUGGAGAGCAUCCAGCUGCUGAAAGCUCCAGACAUCAUCAUCAUUCACCUGAAGCGGUUUGAAUCAGGUGACAAUGGACACAGGAAACUGAGUAGCAUGGUGACCUUUCCGCUGCAAGACCUCGACCUGACCCAGUAUACAACCACUCCAGCAACUCAACACCCUAAGUACCAGCUGUACGCCGUGGUGAACCACACUGGUACCUUGGAGAGUGGUCACUAUACUGCCUUCUGCAAGAAUCCACUGACACAGAACUGGCAUGAAUUCAAUGAUGCAAAAGUGACCAGCAUUUCUGAGCAGAAAAUCCAGUCACCAGCAGCCUACAUACUCUUCUAUAAUUGUGUGAAUUUCCAGUGGUCACAGUAAGGGUGUCCCUCGUCACUGUCAUAACCAUAACUCAGCUUUCAUCCUGUACUUGUCCUAGACGGAAGCAAUCAUAAUAAAUUAUGAAAU